AUGACUGUCAAGAAACAGGCGAAAGUGGCGGUCGAGUCCAACUGGGCACCUGCCCAUUAUCACUUCAGUUACGGUGUUCACGAUGCUCAUACCAAAGACCAUAAGUCUCAACAUGAAGAAAGAGAUGGACAUGUUGUCAAGGGUUCUUACUUUUUGGAUGAACCUGAUGGUACCAAACGUAUUGUAGAGUACGUUGCUGGACCUCACAGUGGAUUCCAGGCUGUCGUCAAACGCAUUGGACAUGCCCAUCACCCUCAACAUUACGGACAUGGUCACCAUCACGGUUACGACAAACAUGGUGGCGAAAGCUACGUAGGAGCUACUCAUUGGGGACACCACUGA